UGCCUCUUGCAGGGAGGGACACUGUGGAGCGAGGUGGAAGCGCUGCGAGAGCGGAGGGCCUCCAUGCCGGAGCAGCGCGUCCUCCGCAUCCUGCAGGGCAUCUGCCGUGGGCUGCAGGCCAUCCACAGCAAGGGCUAUGCACACAGGGACCUCAAACCCACCAACGUGCUGCUGGAUGAGAAUGACCGCGCCGUGCUCAUGGACCUGGGCUCAAUGAACCAGGCACGCAUCGAGGUCAACAGCUCACAUGAGGCCAUGGCCGUGCAGGACUGGGCUGCCCAGCGCUGCACCAUCUCCUACCGGGCCCCUGAGCUCUCCCGGGUGCCGAGCCAGUGCGUCAUUGAUGAGCGCACCGACAUCUGGUCCCUAGGCUGCGUGCUCUACUGCAUGAUGUUCGGCGAGGGCCCCUUUGACAUGGUCUUCCAGAAGGGCGACAGUGUGGCGCUGGCCGUGCAGAACCCCAGAGGGCAGCAGAGGACAAUCCUCGCGGGUCGAUGA